UAAAUCAACUACCUUAGUAAUAACAGAAUACAUCUGCAGUAAGUAUGUGCCGCUUUAUUAGACAUUCAACUAAUACUAGGUAACUACCAAGUAUUUCAAAACUAUACAGCAUGUUUCUAAGACCAUUGACAUUUCUAUUUAUAUGUAAUACAUACAUUAAAGUGUUUCCAUGUUUUGCAAAAAUUCUGAUUGAUUUUCCAUAUUAGCACAUGUAAAAUAGUGUGGACUGUGAAAUUUGUUCAGACAACAAGCCCUGUAAAACACACAAAAAAAAAAAAAAAAAAAAAAAAUCAUAGGAUGCAAAGUUUCUGAUCAUUAAAAUCAUGCAUUUUACUUUCCUAAAGCUCAUAAACAGUAUUUCCGUGAGAUGUCUGGUUGUUACUCUGUUUGCAGGUUUUGUGUAGAACAAGCAAUGGACAACCUGACAUUCAGAAACAGCAUUCUUCUAGUGGAGGGACUUCAAGUUACACCUCAGUCUACCUAUGUUGUUUUCAUCCUGCUUCUUUUGGUUUAUGUCUUUAUAAUGGUUUCCAAUAUUGCACUUGUAAUUCUGAUCUCAACAGAGAAGAAUCUUCAUCAUCCUAUGCAUUUCCUGUUCUGUAACUUGCCACUGAAUGAUAUAUUAGGGACCACUGUCAUUUUACCACGCUUAUUGCAGGACAUUUUAAAAGAAACUUCAGAGCGGUAUAUCACAUAUGUGGAGUGUGUAGUUCAAGCCUAUUUUGUGCAUAUUUUUGUAGCAGCAUGUCACUAUGUUCUUAUAAUUAUGGCUUUUGACAGAUAUGUGGCUAUAUGUAAUCCAUUGCGAUACACGGCAAUAAUGACCAAUAAAAUGGUUAUUAAACUAUCAGCAUCAGCCUGGGGGCUGUCAGUACUUAUGGUAUCAAUUCUGAUAGGACUCACUGUGCGUCUGUCUCACUGCAGAUCUAAAAUUGAAAACCCUUUCUGUGACAAUGCCUCACUUUUUAAACUGUCCUGUGAGGAUGGUGUGGUUGUUAAUAAUGUGUAUGGAAUCAUUUAUACUGUGGUUUUAUUUACCUUCUCAAUUUUGUCUGUAUUUAUAACAUAUGGCAAGAUUGCUACUGUAUGCAUAACCAGCAAAAACAAAGCACUCAACAGCAAAGCCAUAAAAACCUGCAGCACUCAUUUAGCUGUUUAUUUAAUCAUGCUUGUUUCUGGCUCCACUUUUAUUUUUCUUCAUCGUUUCCCUCUCUACUCUGAGAGCAGGAAACUAGCUAGUAUAAUGUUUCACAUUGUGCCACCAGGAUUAAAUCCUUUAGUAUAUGGUUUACAAACCAAAGAAAUAAGACAGAAGUUUGUAAAAUUUUGGUGCAGAGAAAAAGGAACGUCUUAA